GGUGGUCACGGUAAUAACUAAAAUGAAUUUGUAUAGGAAAAAAGUGAACUUGUGAGCCUUUCUAUGUACUUUUCUGUAUUCUUUGGUAUAACCGAUUAGGCAAUUUACUAGUCUGAUUGUCUAAACGUCAUUGCAUUAUUCGCGAUGCUCUCGAAGCGAUUUAUUAUUUAAUGCAUCGCGUGCAAUGAUCUCUUGCAAUUGGAGGCGUUUUCAAUUCGAUAUAAUGCGUUUGUGUCGAUCUCAAAGGAAAAAGUUAAGAAGCGUAAAAUAGCCGGCGAGUUAUAUCAAUUUUCUCGGGUUCGCGACUAACCUAUAAAUACUCUUAAAAUAUCAUUAUACGAUAUUGACAAUAUAUUGCUAUUUGUACGAAUAAAAAUCAUGAUAGUUGAUCAAUAUUUUUUUUGCAUUCUUGCAUCGGCUAAAUCGAGUGUGAUAAAUGAAGUGUGACCUUUGGAACGUUCCGGUAUUAUAGGUUAACGACUAUUAAAAAACGUUAAUUGACCAUUUACAAACUAUCAUUAUCUUGAACAUUUUAUAAAUCACUAUAUAAUACGUAAAUAUGAGAUCAAAGUCAUUGUCACAAAAGUAACGAUUCAUAUUUUGUCAUGAGUUACGCGAUUGUUCAGCCCACCGAGAUGUUCUUUCUUUUAAUCAAUCUCGAGGAUUUCCUUUGCAUAAGCAGUAAGAUAGCUUUGGCAAUGGGAGUUUAUUCAUUUAAAUGUAAUUGUUUAAAUAUAUGAAAAUAACACUGCAGAUAUAAGCAAUAUGUUGUGAUGAUCUAUUUGUAAUCAAGUCCAAGGAUAUGGCAUGUGACAAAUAAUGCUUGAAGAUUAUACGUAUGAUCGUAUAACUUGAUUUGCAUUAAACAUGCAAGCCAAGAAACGUUAUUUACUAUUAUUUGUGACAUGCGCGUUUCUUGGUUAUUGUUAUUUCGGUGGUUAUCGUUUAAAAAGUGAAAAAUGGACAGGCAGAUCUCAGUUGCCUUACGAGCAAUUGCCUUCGUAUUUAAGUCUGAAUGAAGAAUUCUACGACAAAGAUUUGAGAAUAUCAAAUAGAAACUUACCUGUAUCGCAGCGUGCAAGGAAGUGCCGUAUGGAAACUUGCUUCGAUUUUACAAAGUGCAAGCAAGGAUUUACAGUUUAUGUGUAUCCAAUUGAUGAUAUUAUAAGUCCAUUAUACCAAAAAAUACUAAAUGUUAUAACAGAGUCAAGAUAUUAUACAUCUGAUCCAACAAGAGCGUGUAUAUUUGUUCUGGCCUUGGACACAUUAGAUAGGGAUCCAUUAUCAAGUGAAUUUGUGCAUAAUCUACCUUCUAAACUAUUACGUUUACCACAUUGGAAUAAUGGAAGAAAUCAUUUAAUAUUCAAUUUGUAUUCUGGUACAUGGCCAGAUUAUGCGGAGGAGUCUCUUGCAUUUGAUUUAGGAUACGCUAUGCUUGCUAAAGCAAGUAUGUCCAUAUUUAGACUUAGACCAAAUUUUGAUGUAUCUAUACCGCUAUUUGGAAAACAACACCCUGAACGUGGCGGGGAACCUGGUCAAGCAUUAGAAAAUAAUUUUCCUAGUAAUAAAAAAUACGUGGCAGCUUUUAAAGGUAAAAGAUAUGUACAUGGCAUUGGUUCGGAAACUAGAAAUGCUCUUUAUCAUUUACAUAAUGGUAAAGAUUUGGUAUUUGUAACUACUUGUCGUCAUGGCAAAGCUUGGAGAGAAUUACAAGAUGAACACUGUCAACAAGAUAAUCAAGAAUAUGAUACAUACGAUUAUGAGAUUUUAUUAAUGAACUCUACAUUUUGUCUUGUCCCUCGUGGACGAAGGCUCGGCAGCUUUCGAUUUUUAGAAGCUUUAAGAGCAGGUUGUAUACCAGUUAUUUUAAGUAAUGGUUGGGCAUUGCCAUUUCAUGAACGUAUCGAUUGGACUCAGGCUGUUAUAUUUUCCGAUGAACGAUUGUUGCUUCAAAUUCCAGAUAUAGUACGUUCUGUAUCGAAUAUGAAGAUUCUUAAGUUACGACAGCAAACACAAUUUUUAUGGGAACGAUAUUUUUCAUCUAUAGAAAAAAUUAUAUUUACGGUAUUUGAGAAUAUUCGUGAACGUUUACCAUGGGAAGGCACAAGAGAAGGGAUUAUUUGGAAUACUAGUCCUGGAGCUUUAGCAAUAUUACCACAAUUUGCAGAUAGUCAACAAGAACUUCCAUUCUCAAACAGCAAUCCCGGUAACACAUUUACUGCCAUCAUAUAUUCUCAAUUGGGAUCUACUGCUGUUCUAUAUCGUCUGCUUAAAAGUCUUGCGAAAAGUAAAUACUUAGAUAAGAUUAUUCUAAUGUGGAAUUCGGACAUUUCGCUUCCAAGAAGACCACGUUGGCAAGGGAUCAAAGCAUCAAUAAGUAUAGUUUCUGUGGAUGGUAUUUCUCAACGUUUUUAUCCACAUCCACUAAUCAAAACCAGUGCCAUAUUAUCGCUAGAUGAAGAUGCCACACUCAAUACUGACGAAAUUGAUUUUGCUUUCAUGGUUUGGCGUUCAUUUCCUGAUCGAAUAAUAGGCUAUCCAGCAAGAUCACAUUAUUGGGAUGAUUCAAAGCGAUCAUGGGGUUAUACGAGUAAAUGGACAAACGAUUACAGUAUCAUUCUAACUGGUGCUGCUUUUUAUCAUCGUUAUUAUAACACAUUGUAUACUGAAUUAUUAAGUUCGACUCUCCAUAAGACGGUGGAACAGUCGCAGAAUUGCGAAGAUAUUUUAAUGAAUUUUUUAGUGAGUCAUGUUACUCGAAGACCACCCAUCAAAGUAACUCAACGGAAAUUGUAUAAAGAUACUAUGAUUGCUGGAAUUAGAUCACCGUGGAACGAUCCUGAUCAUUUUAUACAGCGGCAAACAUGCAUGAAUACAUUCGUAGCUGUUUUUGGAUAUAUGCCAUUAUUACGAUCCAACAUGAGACUUGAUCCAGUCCUGUUCAAAGAUUCUGUAAGCAACAUGCGUAAGAAGUAUAGACAAAUUGAAUUAGUUAGUAAUUAGAGUUAUAUACGAGAUUCGAACAAUUAUGUAAUUCAUUUCAUUCUUAUAAUAUGCGUCGAAAAGUAUUAUAGACUGCAACCAGAAAAAAAAAAUCAAUCGCGCAAUGUUCAGCAAUAACAUUCGAUCAAAACAGGGCAUCCAUCGAUCGAUCGAUCAUUCCUUCUUGACAAAGGUGUUAAAAAGAAACCUAUUUUCAUCCAUGUUCUUUCCUGCUAUUGCAAAUAAGAAGCCAUUAAUUAAAUUCGUGAACGUACACAGGAACAAUUUUUCAAAUCAUUACAAAUCUUUAUGUUAUGUCAAUGUUGUCGGGCAACAAAUCAAAUAACGUUUCAUUCUUUUUUUUUAGAAUGAACAAUGUUACCUUGUACUUUGUCUACUUUUCCUUUUUUAUUAUUUUUUUUUUUUUAAAAGCAACACAUUUUUUAAUUCAAUAUUCGUAAUGAUACAAUUUAAUAUUCAAUCUGGUGGUAGGAUAUCUCGUCCUAUUGCGAUAUUGCACUCUGUUUUAUGUACAUAUAUAUAAAUCAUAUCGUAAUCGUUAAUAAACAAACGGUCUGUCUAAUAUUUUCAUUCUUGAAAAAAAAAAAAAA